UAUUGCAAAACUCGCGUUUAAAAUGUGUAUAAAUACAAACGGAUUCAUAGGUUCACUUUUAGAUUGCCCUCUGGUUAUGGGAAUAGCAGUCUAUUUGUUAAACAAUGAGCCUGCGACCUGGAUAUUUUGAUGUGAACACCAAAUGCAUCGGGUUCGAGUUGUACAGGGUAUUUGCGGCACGACUACCCUAGAUUAACGUGAUCUACAUUCGUUCGCUACUGCGCGUAGUUUUGGAAUUCUCGUGUUUACUUUUAUUUGGCAAGUGCAUAGUAAUGACGGUAUUCGCGUUCCUCAAAAGCCGCCCAUUAUUUUGGCUAAGUGUCACGGGUACUGCGGUGGGCGGUGCUUGCUUUGUAAAAGAUCUUAUGCAAGGCGGCCAGUUCACAAAAAACUCAGAUGAAACGUGCAAAAUUGUAAUUGUAACUGGUUCAAAUACGGGAAUAGGCAAGGAGACGGUGCGGGAGCUGGCACGAAGAGGAGCCACUGUUUAUAUGGCAUGUCGGGAUUUGGAAAAGUGCGAGGAGGCACGGCAGGAGAUCGUGCUGGAGACGCAAAACAAAUAUGUUUAUUGCCGGCAAUGUGAUUUGGCUUCAAUGGACUCGAUUAGGAAUUUUGUGGCCGCGUUUAAACGAGAACAGAAGAAACUGGACAUACUUAUCAACAAUGCGGGCGUAAUGCGCUGUCCACGAUCUCUUACCAAAGAUGGCUUCGAAAUGCAGAUAGGAGUUAAUCAUUUAGGUCACUUUCUACUCACCAACUUGAUGCUGGAUCUGCUAAAGAAAUCGAGACCCAGCAGAAUCGUCGUUGUUUCCAGCUUAGCGCAUACGCGAGGAGAAAUAAAUAUAGGCGAUUUGAACAGUGAACUGUCCUAUGACGAGGGCAAAGCUUACAGUCAGAGCAAGUUAGCCAAUGUAUUGUUUACACAAGAAUUGGCCAAACGCUUGGAUGGAACAGGCGUGACUGUGAAUGCCUUGCACCCGGGCAUCGUUGACACGGAGCUCUUUAGGCACAUGGGAUUCUUUACCAAUUUCUUUGCAGGCUUAUUUGUUAAGCCUUUGUUUUGGCCGUUCGUAAAAACGCCAAAGAGUGGAGCACAAACAAGUUUGUAUGUUGCACUUGAUCCUGAGUUAGCAUCCGUAUCUGGCAAAUAUUUCAGCGAUUGCCAAAUUACGGAAGCAGCUCCUGCGGCGCAGGAUGUCACCAUUGCCAAAUGGCUGUGGGCUGUCAGCGAAAAGUGGACGCGAUCUGAAGUGAUAGAUAUAAAUAAGGAUUCAAUUUCGUCCUCAGAUGGUAAGGAUUCAAAUUCCUCCUCGAAGACAACGUAAUAAACAAUUCGCAUUUUAAAACU